UCGGUCGAGCCAGGAGAGUCCAGUGUGCAAGCGACGAGAACGGAAUCAGAUGGUGGCGAAGAUCGCGGAUUGAUAGGUCGCGGGGUGUAUGAGAGAGAGAGAGAGAGAGAGAAAGAACAGGCGUUUACGCGACGGUGGUAUUGGCAUAGGCUCUCUCUCUGGCAGGAGGACGGGGACACUUCUUUUCUGUGUGUACGCGCACGCGAACGACAGAGAUAAAGCGAGCAGAGGAAAAAAAAAGGCGACGGAGAUAGAGAGGGAGAGAGAGAAAGAGAGUGACAAGCCGCGAGUGAAACACGGACUCGUCAUCGACGACGGUGACGAAAUGAUCCUCUAGCUUCGUGCUUUCUGGCCUCUGGUCCACGUACAAGGAAGGCCGACAACGACAACAACAACGACGCGAAGGAGGCGGAGCAGAAGGCGAAUCGUCCUCGUCUGUGUGCUGAAUAUAACGCUUCGUUUACAUUAUCGUCGGGGGACAGAAGUGCGCGUUACCACAGUGUCGGAGUACGGUCGCCCAGCGUGAACUUUUCGAGAAGAAGAAAAAAAAAAAAAAAAAAAAAAUUGUGCGAGAAACGUUCGUCUAAGAAGGCCCUCCGGGCCACGGCGGACCGUCUGUCGGGCUCAGCUGAUCCAACGAGAGGAACAAGGAGGAGGAGGAAAAGAAAGAAGAAGGAGGAGGUGGUGGAGGUGGUGGAGGAGGAGGUGGUGGUGGUGGUUGUGGUGUUGGACGCUAACAGCAGCGCUGCUGGGCGAGGAAGAUCCCCUGCCGAAUUCAGCACCGCGACGAUCGACGAGCACCGAUAAAUAUGUCGUCCCCCAGCGCCGGCAAGCGACGUAUGGACACGGACGUUAUCAAACUAAUAGAAAGCAAACACGAGGUGACAAUCCUAGGAGGACUAAAUGAAUUCUCCGUCAAGUUCUACGGUCCACGAGGGACACCAUAUGAAGGUGGAAUUUGGAAGGUAAGGGUUCAUCUGCCGGAGCAUUAUCCCUUCAAGUCACCUUCGAUUGGUUUCAUGAACAAAGUCUACCAUCCCAACAUUGAUGAAGUCUCAGGCACGGUGUGUCUAGACGUUAUAAACCAGGCUUGGACUGCCCUUUACGACCUGUCGAAUAUUUUCGAGUCUUUCCUGCCUCAGUUGUUAACAUAUCCCAACCCAAUCGAUCCCCUGAACGGCGACGCUGCCGCGAUGUACCUUCACAAACCAGAAGAGUACAAGAAGAAAGUAGCAGAUUACGUCAGGAAGUACGCGACGGAGGAGGCGCUGAGGGACCAGGAGAACGGCGGCACCGGCAACGGAUGUCCUCCGACAGCGAGUCCUCGAUGAGCGACUUCAGCGAGGACGAGGCGCAGGACAUGGAGUUGUAACCAAAUAUAUUACCAUCCGUACCCAUAUCCUUAAUCAUCUCGAUUCCUUGUAAGAUCCCCGAUCGGUCGUCCUACUACCAAAUAGAUGCUUACACCCGAGACUCCGAGCCUCACUUUUGGUGACGGUGACGAGCCCUUAUUACUUGUCGUUGCUCUCGUCGUCCGUCGCUCGUUUGUAGCCGGCGUAGCUCGUGUCUCCCAAACAAAGGAGAUCCCCAACUCUCUACGAGAGUGAUGAAAGCGACAGAAGCGAACGAGGUAAAAACGGAGAAUCGCGUAUGCGGGGUGGUUGUGUAUUGUGCGCUUUUCUUAACAUCGAACGCGCAUCGAGGGGCGUUUUUCGAUCACGAUGGCGAUAUCUCUUAUGAUCGUCUGAGUUCUCUUGAGUUGGUUCCGUUCGUUUAUUGCAUUCAACAAAAAUGAUAAGUCAAAAUUUCGUUUCUGCCGAUAGAUUGACGACUAUGAUGAUGGUAGCGCGUUCCAUGGAUGAACGCGUUACCAUCAUCAUGGUUGAAACAAUCUGUCAGCAUGAACGAAAUUUUGUUUUUGCAAUACAGAAUCAAUGCUCUUGUCCUCCAAAAAGAAGAAGAAAGAAGGUAAAUAAAUGAAAAAGAGAAAAAUAGAGAGAGAGAACUCAUUGCUCGGAUUUACGGGUCUGUCAGUUUGAGGUUCACAAUUUGGAUUCUCGAAAUUGCUCGUACAAUGUUUCGGCAUCGAUCGGACAAUGCGUCAUCUACCAUGUAUCUACGAUGCGUUUCUGUGUGAUUGCGAGAAGCGACCGAAAUCAGUAACGUUAUCGUACGACCAAGAGUUACACAGAAUAUAUUCAUCCGGUUACGUUUCCCUUGUUUUCAAGAUUCUCUCGCCCUUAUUUAUUUCUCGUUUCUUCUUCCGAGUGCCGCAGGCGUGCUCAUUGUUGUGAUAUUUCGAAAAUAUGUCGAGAAAAAGAGAG